GCCGGGGCGGGAGUUCCAUGGAGACUGGGGAGCGCGCCCGUCUCAUCAUCAUCCUUAUCCUCGAGCUGAUCCUUCGCGUCCGACGCAACCGGCAGCAGCGCUGCCGCCGCGUCCUCUGUCGCCGUCAGCUCUAUCCACGGAUGUGAUCUUCGUGGUGGGAAGCUAAGUUUUUAAACUACCCCAAUGGAUGCAGACAGCGAUGUUGCAUUGGACAUUCUAAUUACAAAUGUAGUCUGUGUUUUUAGAACAAGAUGCCAUUUGAACUUAAGGAAGAUUGCUUUGGAGGGAGCAAAUGUAAUUUAUAAGCGUGAUGUUGGAAAAGUAUUAAUGAAGCUUAGAAAACCUAGAAUUACAGCUACAAUUUGGUCCUCAGGAAAAAUUAUUUGCACUGGAGCAACAAGUGAAGAAGAAGCUAAAUUUGGUGCCAGACGUUUAGCCCGCAGUCUGCAAAAGCUAGGUUUCCAGGUAAUCUUUACAGAUUUUAAAGUUGUAAAUGUUUUGGCAGUGUGUAACAUGCCAUUUGAAAUCCGUUUGCCGGAAUUCACAAAAAACAAUAGACCUCAUGCCAGUUAUGAACCUGAACUUCACCCUGCUGUGUGCUAUCGAAUAAAAUCUCUAAGAGCAACAUUACAGAUUUUUUCAACAGGAAGUAUCACAGUAACAGGGCCCAAUGUAAAGGCUGUUGCUACCGCUGUGGAACAGAUUUACCCAUUUGUGUUUGAAAGCAGGAAAGAAAUUUUAUAAUUCACUUCGUUGGUGAGCACCUUUUAGAACCUGCUGCACAUUGGACUCAAAAGGAAAACUGGACCAACAGUAAUUGAGGAAACAGACUCUUUUAUUCAUUCAUGGCUACAGUGUAAGCUCCAGUCCCUCUGGAUUUCAUUUCAAACCUUGCUGUAAUAUAAAAAGGAAGUUUACAAGACAUGACAUUGCUGCUUUUACAAAAGGACAUUCUAUUUAUUUUCGCAGUAAUACUCAUGUCCCCAUAAGCAGAGCUGUCACGGUGUGCACUACCUUCAGUUGUUUUUGUUGUUGUUAUUUUUUCCAGUUUGAGCUAAUGUGUUUUCUUUGUGAAUAGUCUUUUACAUUUUUGUAUGCUAAAUAUGGGCACCAAAGAACCUGUAAAAGUUAUCUUUUUCAAUUGAAUGUGCACAAAUAAAAGUUUGGAAAAGAUCUCUCUUCAUAUCCAUUCUAUAACUUGUAGUCCCCAUUUUCUAUUUUAACAAAAACUGUAUUCAUAAUUCUUUUUUUUAAUCUAUGCAAGCUUAGAUUUUUGCUAAAUUGUGUGGGCUUCUUUUUUGAAGUGUAUUUUGUAAAUAUAUAUAUGCCACAUGUGUAUAGUAUCUUUUAAUGCUCUGUUACCAAAUAUCAAAUAGGAAUUUUUUUCUCGCAAAUUAGAAAUAAAAACAUGUACAUAAGUUUUAGAGAACUGCAGUAGACCUUUAUAGAUUAAGGAUAAUGUUUUAUGUUACUAAUUUAAUAUGAUAGAAAUGUCGACUAUCUUUUGGAAGUUACAAAAUUGUAGUUUUAAAAGAGAAACCUCUUACCUGCAAGAUGGAUGUGAGAAAGAAGCCGUGAUGGGUUGUACCUCAUUUGUACCUUUGUUAUUCUGGAAAGACUCAACUCCGUAGGAACGUUAAUAAUCUGAGAUUGGUGCUCAAGGCUAAAACUAAGAGUCUCGUCAGAAAUUGAUGCAUUUUGCUGUUUUAACUAGAAGUGCCCACAUGCUGCCUCUGUGCCACAGUGUAAUUAUUUUAUAGUUCAACUUGAACUUGAAAGCCAUUGUACAAGAUAUGUCUUUCCCUUUGCUGUGUCUUAUUUAAUGGAGCUGAAGAGUGACUAGACAGACUCUUGGAUUGCCACUCUUAAAGUCAUAAUAAAUAUGCAUUUGUGAAACUGGCUCUCAGGCUCACCCACGAGCCCUGGAAUGGUAAAACAGAACAAAGCUGUGGUGUGCUCUGCCACUUGUGUUUAGGAGUUUAGUGUAGGCAACAGUGACACUUCACCUGGAAGGAAAGCUGAGUGGAGAGUUGGAUUAGCUUCUCAGUAGAAACCUAGAAGAUGUUUCAGCAUGAUCAAAACCCGAAUUUCCAAAAUGCUUUGAAACUUUUGUGGAAAAUUACAACAUCGUAGCCUCCAUAUUCUUAUACAUUUUCCUUCGAAGACCUAGUUUCAACAAUGCACUGAACGAUACACGUACUAUUUUGUGUUUUCUUUCUCUUUUUUGAUGCCUUUCCUACCCCGCCUCUCACUCCCUCAUAAGCUGGGAACAAAGGCUAAUUUUUAUAUUUUCUUUCUUGUGAAAGACUUAGUUGUGAUUUCCUGACUUUUUUUUUUUAACAUUUGUGUUUUAUUUGCCUUAGGUUAAGUAGAAUAGGUAACUUCAUAAAAUGCAGAGAAUAAAACCUUAUCGUUCUGGGCAGAUAGACUGUUUUUAAAGUUAGAGAUUUUUUUCCAGUUAGUUUUCCUGUUUUGCAAUGUUCACCACCCUACACCCCCACAAAACAAACAGACAAACAAAUGGGAAAAUACGUGGCCAAGGUGCAAGUCUAGAUGUGAUAUUUUCAGUAUUCAAGUGAUUUGAAGACUGAGUAGAUGGGUAGCUCGUCACCAUGUUUUCUCAGAAGAGGACAGACAAUCUGACCAGGUCUGGUUUCGGGGCUGCCGCGGAAGCAUCUACUGGCAAAGUGUCACUAAACUUUUAACAAAGCUGGUAAGAAAUGAGUGUGUCUCAUGUCUUCUGCUGGCUUUUCACAAGUGCUGUAAAUUUUUUAUAAAUAAAAACUGUGAAUAUAUACAUACAAAUUAUAAGCAUUCCCCUUUAUUUUUGAAAAUCAAGACAUUCUGGGGCAUAUUGGGUAAAAUUAGCUUGAAGAAAAUUGUUUAGUUACAAACUCAAGAUGAGGAAAGAAAAAUAUGAGUAAGAUACUGACAUUGAAAUGGCUAGUAAUACACCUAGGUUUAUGAACAAUUUCCUAUUCUUUUACAGUGAAUGACAAAGAACUAGCUAAAGUACAUACAUUGUUUGAAUUUCAAGGGAAAUGUGUGUAACAAAUCUGUGAUGCUUGGCAAAGAAAGAAUUCAUGUUGAUUCCCUGUCUUGAUUUUUUAAAAAUCUGUGUGUAAUCCCAUUGAAGCUCACAUAAUAAUAAAUUUCUUAAAUUGAUCCUCUUCAGAACACACGUUUCCUUCUCGAACAAAAAACAAUUACAUCCUCUAAUUCGGAAAUAAAAUGUACCAUGAUAGAAUUAA